CCCCUCCAGGGACUCAGCUGCCCUCAGGGGAGAGCAGCAGGAGGUCGGGAGAGGGGCAAUCCUUUCUGGUGGCAUCUGUCUGCCACGGGAGCUGCAGGGUUGCCCUCCUGAUUCCGAGGGGCUGGUUUAGAGCAGGGCGAGGCAGAGGGAAGCUGGGCUCCAGAAGGGCUGCUCUUGGAGCAGGCAGAAGGGGAUGCCUCUGCCAACAGCACCACCAUCGUCAGGGCCCUGGGCUUGCUGUCAGAGCAGAGUCCUGGCAAUGUCACCAGAGAAUUUCAUGAUCUCUUUGCAAUGCCUGCAGAGACCUAAGUGCCACCCAAGUGACCCCGCAGACGCUGCUGCAGCUACUACAGACCACAGUGAGCUUGGAAAGCCUGUGAGUGUGUGGGACUGAGCCCCAGCCGCCAGCAGGCUCUGAGUGCUGGCACAAGGGCUCUGCUGGGAAAACAAAUCCAUGUGCCACAAAACCAGAAGAAACCCAGUAAACUCAAGAGUUGCUGUUUCCUUGUGGGAACGUGCCAAAACUCACCCGCUCAGAGGCAGAAUUUCACCUUUUCGGGUGACUUGCUGCAGGUCUCUCAAAGCAGAGUUUGAACUCCAGGCGGGGGCAUUUCUGUGUCACGUGGUAUUUUGGGAGCAGUUCCACUUUCCAGGUGAAAAUCCCCUUUCUGAUGUUUGGCAUUGGGAGUCAGGGGCCUUUCCCAGAUCUGUGGCACACAGUGAAGCACAAGCCCCAUGCGUGGUACCCGUGUGUUCCCUGAGUCGGGCUCUGAGCCACGGAGUGGGUGGGCAGGUGUUCCUGCAAUAAUCCCCUCUUGUCUGCAGGCAAGUGCCCAAGGAGACGGCCUGCUGCCUGUGCCAGGAGCGUCCCCGGCCCGAGAGCCCCUGCAGGACCAUCCAGUUCCUGUGCGAGAAGCUGUGCAGCAGCAGCGCCCCGCAGUGCGUUCACUCAACUGUGCUGCAGACACGGGGAGAAGUAAUGGACAUGGAGCAACGCAGAGAGCUGAACACCAGCCCUGUGUUGAUCCUCAAGCCCAUGGAACCUUCACUGGGAGAUCAUGGAACUGCAACGCUUGUGGUUGCCCUGACCCAGAGCGCUGAGGGUGGUGUCAGCAGCCUGGAUAGCUCCAGAAGAAAUUCAUAUCCCCCUCAGCAUCUCUUGGGGCACGAAGGCAAAACAAGUGCUGGUGACCUGAGGGCCAAGGUCAAGAAGAAGCUGCACAAGGCAGAAAGCAUCAAGGCUGCAAGAAUCACUGUCCCACACCAGCCCCAGCCUGCCAGGCUGAAGCAUGUGGUGGAAAAGACACCCUCAAGCUGGCAUCAAGAGAAGAUGGAGUCACGUUUAUACUGGCAAGGAUUAAAGCCCUCAGCUGUAGCUGGUGGAUUAAAACAUGCUGACGAUCCCUCCAUCUCUGGACAACACAGAGAUGAGGAGGAAGAUCCAACUGCCAGGAAGUACCACGUCAGGACACACAAACAGCACAAGAAGAAGGACAGGCAGUAUUGGGUUGGACAUAAUCCGCUUUUCUACCAGGUGCUGAGCCCUGUGAAAGUGGAGCGAAGGUCCAGAUCUGCCCAGGGUCUAAACAGGGACGUGGAUUUUCUCUCUGACCCGUUGGUUCAGAGCCACCCCGCUGUGAGCAGCAGACGAGGAGCCACGGCUGAAGAGAAGCAUUCCUCCAUCGGCGGCCACCUCCUGCUCAUGCCUGACACCAGAGAGGAGGAAGACUCCAUGCUCCUCCAUAAACCUGUGAGACCCCGAAGUGCGGACCUUGCGCCAGUACUAAAAGACCUGGAAACCAAUGUUGAUCAUCACCAGCAGUUGAUGGAGGCACACAAAGGCCUGAAGACAUUCAUGGCCCACGUGGAGCGAGCCCUGAGGAGGGACUGCAGCCUGCCCCAGCUCAAGCAGGCCUGUGCCAAGAUGGUCAAAAAGACCAGGCUGCUUCUAAAGGUGCUCCAAGAGAGGCAAGAGAACCAGGGAGCCUAUGAUCCAAUGGAGCAGUGUCGUCAGCAAGAGAACAUGAUCAUUCACAUGGCCUUGGGGAAGGACAAGGGACUCACAGGGAAGCAAAAACUGGAGGUUGUGGUGUACGUGAUCACAUUUCUGGUUUUGCUGUUUUUCUUCAUCUUGGUUUUCCUGAUACUGAAGUGUGUCUUCCACAAGCGCUCCCGACAGAGUGAACUUGACUCCCAGCCUGGCCACCCCAGGAAAUUGUUGCUGAGAAGGUUCUGUGCAAAACUGCCACAGAGAGGGAGGAAGGAUAACAAGGAGGCACAGAAUGUAGAGCAGCCUUUGCCCUACAGGGCAGAGAGCUCCUCCAAGUGUUGCCCCUGUUCCCAGGCUGUUCAUGGUGCUUCCCAGUGCUGUUCCCUGUUCAGCAAGUCUGAAUUGCUGUGGAUUCAACGCAUCAGGGAUGCCUAUGAAUCCCAGAGAUCAGCAUCCCGGGAAGAGGCAUAGUGUGAAGAACAAAGGUAGAAGACUUUCAAGAAGUUAAUGGGAUGCCACAAUUGUUCACCUCCCAUUUAGCUGAGGCUCUCCUUGGAUGCUGCUUUGUUGGCUGUUUUUAUUUCCUUACAUGCUUUUUCCUUGACUGUUAUUUUCUUGCUGUCACUGCUGAGGGAAGGCCAGAGGGUGCUGCAGGCAAGCACAAGCUCUGGGACACCCAGAGAAGGCAUCAGUAUCUCAGGGUUUUCCUCAUCCCUUGUCGCAAUGUUUUACCCUGCAUUCAAUAAAAACCAAGUUUGUUCUCGUU